UAAAUUUCCGUCUCUCUUUCUGUUCGCUAGCUUGCAAUGCUGCAAUUGCGUUGUAUCGCAAGUGAUGCGAAGUUAUGGUUCGGUUCUAGGUAUUAAAGUUGUUUCAAAAGGGAUUGUGUUGACGUAAAAAAAUGCUUUCAAAACCUCGUUUUUACCAAAUCGAAAACUAGUUAAUGAAGAUUCGUAUGGCACUUCUCUGGUACUUAAAAAUGAGAAAUUCAAAAGAAGUAAUGUGUAAAACAAUUGAAAAGAUAAAGAACGUUUUUUUUCUUUGUUCUUGAAAAACAACUGGUCAAAUAAUGCAAAUGUGGAUAUUCUUAGCGUUAUAUAAGGUCUUCUCACCGUGCUGUGAGGAUAUAAAAAAUGUAUUUAUAAAAAUAUAUUUAAUUUCAAUUUUUUUUCAAAAAGCUGUUGUCGGAACACAGUAAUACUUACACAUUAUUAGGAUAUCCUUGUUUCUCUUGACUAUAGUCAGAGACGAGUUUACUGUCUACAUGUUCCAUUGAAUUUUCACGGUUCGAUCAGUAACUCCCGGUUUAGAAAACAGCGGUCAGAAAACUUUUUUUUUGUCACGCAGUAGUCGUAAAAUUAAUUCAAUUUGCUUUUAAAAGUAGAAUAUAACAUCUGGCUAAUUUCUGGUGUACUUACAAAAAAACUCUUGAAACUUAAACAGAUAUCUUUUGCACAAGUGUUGUAAAAAUUUUCUGCGAUUAUCUUUAAAAAAAUUUAAAUACCGAAGAAGAUUAUGGUUCAAGAAGUGUUUACCGUAAUGAUCUGAACAACUUUUGUUUGUAUAUUUUGUUCUUAUUAACUGUUACCCCCCAAUUGGAGAAGGAGAAAAGGAUUUCGUUACAAGGUACAAAAUUUACAGAUGCUUAACCGUUGAAUUAGUUCUUUAUAGGGUUGGCAUUUUUUUUACUAGGUACCAGAGGGGGCAAAUUGUUAGCAAGAUCCGUUUUUUUAAAAAAAAAUUGUUAGGCCACUCUUUGCUCUGAAUAUACCACUAUUGAGCCCAAAUGAAAAUAAUAGCCAUGUGAAUAAAUUUUCUGGCCAAAUGUGACUGGCUAUUGCUGAACUGAAUGAAGCUAAAGAGAUAUUAAAUAUUUACACGGCCUCUGGUUGGCUGAAAUUGUUCGUUUUAAUUAUGUUUCUUUUUUGGUUCUGCUCUUGCAAUGAUUGGACAGCCGCGUUUUUGUGGUAUUUGAGAAUUGAGUGGUACAUGAUAUUGUUUUGAAGUACUAAUCUAUACCGAAUGCCUUUAAUAAUCACUUUAUAGUCGAACCUCAAAUGUUUUUAACAUUAUUUUUUAUUUCUUAAAUAAAUUAAACUAAGACGACGAGGACCGCCUUGCAUUGUUCGACGUUUACCGCUUUUUUUAUUACUUUUGUGUGGCAAUCAAAGGUGAAAUUUGGGUUGUUUUGUUUCAAAAACAAUGUGAUAUAUUUCGGAUCUAACAAAAUAAAACAGUUUGAUUAUCUUUUUUUUUUGUAACGUUCACGUUCUGAUUCAAAUGUUUUAUAGUUACAGUUCUCUAAAUUUCAAAAUUGCAAAAUUUUAUGUUGCUAGUUUCCUAGGUGCAAUUAUAUACCGGUUAGAAGUUUGUAUAAUUUAUAUCAUCACGAAAGAAGAUCCCUUGAAGUUUUGAGUUGAUUAGUCUGUGACCUAUUUAGUAAUUUGACAGCCUAGCUUAUCAAAUAUCAGUUAGGGGUCUGUUUAGUAGCAUCUUGAAAUUUUAAGUAUUCGAGUUUGGCCAACUGGCUCUUCACUUCUUAAAAAAAAAGACAAUAAUGAUACAUUUUGAAUUCCCGCGCGUUCAAGAAUAAUUCAAUUGGAGCAGCUAUUUCAUAAUUAUAUUAUUGUAAUUUCCUCUUUUUUUCUGAACGCUCCAUUCGAUCAGAGCGAAGAAUAAAAAACGGCUUUGAGCGCCAAUUACUGAUAUCACUACCUGAAUCAUCAAGAAAUAGCGCUUUGAGACCUAAAUUUCCGUUCGCUGAUUAAAAUGUCGGCAAAAUUACCGUUCCAUUUUUUGCUUCCGCUUGUUGCCGCAAUUAUCAAACCAGGUCAGGCAAAUGGCCCAGACGACUCAUCAAUAACAACACACUCGUCGUAUGAAUUUGUGAACCCGAAGUACAACAAACAACUCAGACCAUCGGAAGGAGGAAAAACAGAUGUUGUAGAGAUCGGAAUGUUCGUUAACUCGGUUCGAACCAUAAGCGAGAAUGAUAUGACGGUUAUUCUAGACGUCUUCUUACAAGCGCAAUGGACCGACCGAAGGCUCGAUUGGACCUGGGAUACUUUUUACAGAGAUCACAUUCGACAUAAUAUGCCUCCGAAAUGCAUGAACGAAAGCUGUUACUUGAAAGAAAUGACUUUGGGAAAGGAUUUUGCGGCAGCUAUUUGGAGACCCGAUUUCUAUUUACCAGAUGCGAUCAAUAUUAUACCUGCUGAUGACUACAACGACAACGUUUGUGUACGUUUGAGUCCAGAACUGAAUUUAUUCUACUCGAACCGACUUAUAAUUACAAUCUCGUGUAUCAUGAAGUUGGUUUACUUUCCAUUCGAUAAACACAUUUGUCCAAUCUGCAUAGGCUCGUACAAGUACCAUGACGGUUUGGUUCAAAUGAGAUGGUCGAAUGAUCUGUCGGGAAUGUACCCUGAUCAGUUCACAGCCAAUUUCUUCAUGGAGGGUUAUAGGGGUGAGCAGGACUAUUACAACAUCACUAUGCCAUAUUUGGCUGAUAACUUUACCGAGCAUUGUUUCGAUAUCAUACUGCACCGAAAAUACAACAUCUUCCUGGUCACGCUUUACUUACCAAGCGUCUCGUUGGUGGCCCUGUCUUGGGUCAAUUUCUGGAUUGAUUACAAAGCUAUUCCGGCCCGAGCCGGCCUAUCAAUCACCGCUAUUUUGGCACAAAUUACAUUGAUAGUGGGGAUGGCGAGCCGGUUUCCUUCCGUUAGUGACCUGAAGAUGGCUGAUUUGUACCUGACAGUCAACUUCAUCUACACAUUUGCGACUUUGAUCGAGUUUGCAAUCGUAUCAUACAACCCUGAAGAUAAAAGACCCAAGCAAGUUAGCACGUCUAAAGUUAGUCACGUCUCUUCAAUUCCAGUGGUGAGCAACCCUACAGUUCUGUCGAACACUGGUCCCGGCGUCAACAAAAACGGAAGUGGAGAAAGAUUACGUAAUCAUCAACAGGUGUUCAAGCUAGCACCGAUGCAAUCAUCGUCUACGAAUUCAGUUUCUUCAAGGGCAGACGGUAAAAGGGUGUAUUCAUCCUUGCAAGCAGAAACAGAGGACAUUUUGCAGAAUGGAUCGGUCCUUGGAGCUGCUAAUUUGCUAAGGGAUCCAGCAAGCUUUGAUGAGCAGAGUUUCAGAAAUUCGUCUUGCAAAUCUGCAAACGACGCGAGAAACAGGCUGAGUUUAAACGAACCUAUGGUUCAGUUGAAACCGCGACCACCUCCGAACGAACUGAGAGAUUUUUUGGACAUCAGAACGAACUCGCUGAAAAGUUCAAAGAAAGCCCAAAAAGCAGCAAGGCGAGCGGAGAGGCCGCCAAAUAACACGAACUUGGACGAUGUUUCCAAAUUCAUUUUCCCGAUCACAUUCAUAAUUUGGAAUUUCAUAUUCUUUUCUACCAAUCUUAUCCUGGCAGAGAAAUCGUGCAUUCUUCUCAAGUAUUUUGCAGAAGAUUACUGUUUGAGCACUUGCCCGAAAUGCUGAAUGAGCCGAAUGCAUAAAUCGUAGAAGUUAAACUGCCACAAUUCGUGCUGUGAUGUAGAAAACAGAAGCUAAACACUAUCAGAAUUUAAUUUUAUUGCAUAUUUUGUUCCUAAUUUUGAAAUAAAUUUGUAAACAAUAACACGUAUUAUGCUGAAACUGCAAGUACGUGUUCAAAAAA